AUGUCUUCUUCGGAUGCAUUGAGUAAUACUCAUGAGAAGAGUACUCCAUCGGAAGAACCUAUAGGCACUAAUAUUCAAACUACACAAGAGGCUCCUCAAUCUCAACCUCAAGAACCCCCAACGGAUACUACAACUACUAAUGAAGGAACGACAAACUCUACAAGUGGUGUUCGAAAAAGGAAGUUGACCUUCGAAGUGUGGAAUCAAUUCAAGAUUGUGGAAAUCAAGGGAAAAUUAAAGGCUGAAUGCAAUUAUUGUAAAUCGAAGCUACUUGGUGACCCAAAACAAGGCACUUCGCACUUGCGUGAUCACUUCAAAAGCUGCAAGCUCCACACCACUAGAGAUAUAAGACAGUGUAUGAUGAAGACAACUCCAACAACUAGUGGGAAAACAGUUGUGGUUGGUGCAUAUACCUUCGACUAA